GCUGCUCCUUUGCCCGGCAUCGGGCGCGGCCGCUUAUUUGGCACAGGCGAGUCCCCAGCAAGGGCGUCCGCGGGAGUCGCCUGCUAGCCGGGCAAGCGCCGUCCUUUCUCGGCUGCCACCCGAUCCGCAUGCGGUUGGGCGGGAGGGGGCAGUCCGCCCUGUUUAGGGGGUGACCCCGCAUCGAGUGGGGCCGGCGGCGGGGCCCGCGGAAAGUGUGCGGGCAGAGAGCGGCCAGGGAAUCCCUUAUGCAGCCGGACCCUACGAGGGAUGUGUACGCGGACAUCAAUGGCGCUUACUCCCGGGCCGGCUCGCCGUCGAGAGAAGUCACCAUUACUUCGCCCGGCAAGGAGGACCUGUUGGCGCUCGCUGCCCGGCUCUGGCAGAGGAGGAAACGGCUGCUGGCCGCCGCCGGGAUCGCCCUGGCCAUGGGCCUCAUCCUGCUCAUCGCCGUGCCCCUGCUGCUGGUGCAGGCGCCGGCCAAGAGCCAGGCGCACUACGAGAUGAUGGGCACCUGCCGCAUGAUCUGUGACCCCUACAGCGCCACCGCCGCCGCCGCCGCCGCCGGACCCCCCGGCAGCACCGCCGCCCUGGAAGCCCUGCAGGAGCUGGGGGCCAACCCGCCGCCGCCCUUCGUCCAAGGCCCCAAGGGCGACCCCGGACGCCCGGGAAAGCCGGGACCCAGGGGCCCUCCGGGCGAGCCGGGCCCCCCGGGUCCGAGGGGCCCGCCGGGCGAGAGGGGCGACUCGGGCAAGCCGGGGCUGCCGGGGCUGGUGGUGCCCGGGAUCGGGGCCCCCGGCGCCGCCUCGCCCGUCGGAGGGGCGAGCUCGGCCGAGAGCGGCGGGGGCAGCAGCAGCAGCAGCCCUGCUCCGGGGGGCGAGGUGACGGGCGCGCUGAGCGCAGCCUUCAGCGGCCCCAAGAUCGCCUUCUACGUGGGCCUGAAGAGCCCCCACGAGGGCUACGAGGUGCUCAAGUUCGACGACGUGGUGACCAACCUGGGCAACCACUACAACCCGGCCAGCGGCAAGUUCACCUGCCAGGUGCGCGGCAUCUACUUCUUCACCUACCACAUCCUCAUGCGCGGCGGCGACGGCACCAGUAUGUGGGCCGACCUCUGCAGGAACGGGCAGGUGCGAGCGAGCGCCAUUGCUCAAGACGCAGACCAGAAUUACGACUAUGCCAGCAACAGUGUGGUGCUGCACCUGGACUUGGGGGACGAGGUGUACGUCAAACUGGAUGGAGGCAAAGCCCAUGGAGGCAACAACAAUAAGUACAGCACUUUCUCUGGCUUUCUUUUAUACCCUGAUUGACAAAAGCAAGUAUCCGAGGUGCGGGUCCAUUGCCUCAUCCCCACCAGGCCUGUCCUGGGCUCUGCGGUCUCUUCAGGUCACUUAACGUUCUGAAUAAACUGUACAUGUCAUUGAUUGCAGUGUGAAAGAGAAAAAGCAGCUUCUGCCAUUCAGCCAUUGCUCUCCACCCCCCUGCCCUGCCAAACCCAGCCUCUGUCCUGUGGUUCGUUCUGCUAUGAGAUGAGUAGGGCUGAAAGCAUUAACCGAGUGAUUGGCACCAUUAAUUGAUUCAUUCAUUGAUCCCUGGUUCAAAAUGGGGAGUUUCAUCCUCACAGUCUCGGGUGAAAAGGGAAGUUCGGAAUGGAUGGUACAGUCUACGAAAUACACAGCACGCUUUGGUUCAAGUAUGAGAUGGUUUGCAGAAAGCAUUUUUUCCCUUUUUCAUUUUUUACUUGCUUUUCCUCCGAAGAGCUCAAGGCAGGCCUCUCUCUAUGACACUUUGAAAAACCCUGUGGAAGCAGGUUAAUCUGAGUGAGAGUGACCAGCCCAAGGGUUUUCUAGUGGGCUUUGUGACUGGAGAGGGAUUUUAGUUCUGGGAUGACACUCUGCUCCCCCUGCACCACACUCUGGCUUUUGCUCAACAAAGCUGUCCUUGUUGUUGAGUCAGGAGAAUGUGUAACCCUCAUUAAGUUGCCUGAAAACCCCACAGUGCUGGAAUAGCACUGAUUUUAUCCAGUCUGUUCAAUGUAAAAUACCACCUUGUUCUUCCCCGAGGCCACAGCAUCACCUGCACAAUCAUGAAAAAAGUUUCAUAUCCGGGUCUUCUUGGCUGUUAGUAGCUCACAGUCAUAGUGCCUGAAACUGUAUUCCAUUGUUGAGAAUGGGAUAUCUAUUAAUGACUGAGUGUGUCGCUUAACACACACACACAAACAGAGCACGUGCAUACAAAGCUGUCGAUUGAGUCACUGAUAUAUGACAUUUUAAACAGGAGGACUGUAAAUGUAUAUACCAUAGCAAAUGUAGUCAAAUGGAGAUAUAUUUACUUUGUUCAUAUUUACCCUGCCUUUCUUCCCUGUGGGGACCCGAAGUGGCUUGCACAGUUCUCCUUUCUUCCAUUUUAUCUGCACACCAAUCCUGUGAGGUAGGUUAGCCUGAAAGUUUGUUACUGGCUUGAGGUCACCCCACAAACUUCCAUGGUGGAGUCCGGAUUCAAAUCAAGGUUUCCCAGACCAUAGGCUGCCACUCUAACCAUUAAACCAGAAUCGCUGUCAUACAUUGGACAGUUAUAAUCUCCCCUUUGAUUAAAUGCAGUCAACAAGAAAUGUCUAUUUAUCCCCCCUCUUCUGCCAUGCCCUUAGUGAAUGGACACAAUGUCUAGCUGUUUGAAAAUAACCAGUCCAUUCUGUGUAUGAGAGAGCCCAAUUUUUUUAAAAAAUUGCUACAUUAAGUGAAACGGCUGAAUUCUAGCACUUUAUUUCUCUUUAUGUAUUAUUAUUGCUUUUGAAGAAUAGGACAGGAUUAUUGUGAAAUUGCACUGACUGUUCCUAUGCUGCAUUGUAUGUAGGAGAUUUGAGUAUAACCAUGUUGAUUUCUAUUCUACAAAUAAAUAAAUAUAUUAUAUUUCUUUAUUUCCUCCACCCACCCUUGUGCAAUGCAAUACUUGUAUGGGUGAUGAUGUUGCUAAAAAAGGGGGAGGGCGGGGGUGAAACCUCCUGUCUUUGAAGCAAAUGAAUGAACGCAAGAAAAAAGAAAUAUCACAUUAAAUUAUCUUUUUUGACAAUGGGUUUCUCCUGUGUGUCUCUUCUGAUGUUGUCUAAGGGA